AUGUCUGAUCUCUAUGUCAGCCAAGCCCAUCGUCUUGAGCACCAGGAGUCUUCUUGCGUCAAGGGGGAGGAGGACGAGUCGCCAUACAUCAAGGAGGAGGAAGAGUCCGUUCACAUUGAAGGUUUCAGAAAAUAUAUUGGUGCUGAGACAGAAUCGCUUGGCGUUAAAGAGGAUGUGGAGCUCCCCCAAAUUAAAGAGGGGGAGGAGCCUGAGCCCUGUCAACAGGAGGAGAGAGAAGAGCACCUUCCAAUCAAAAAGGAGGAGGAGGAGCUGCCACAUGGUAAAGAGGAGGUAGAGGAGGAGCAUAUCACCAGGUUGACUGGUGAACCCUUGAAGAGUGAAGAUGGUCCGAACAGAGAUGGCGCCAAGUCACACUUACCUUAUAAUGAUGAUGGUCAUAAGACAUCUCACGAUGACGACAAACUCUGCAAAUGCUCUCAGUGUGGGAAAACCUUUGCUACUAAGCAAAGUUGUCGUAGGCAUAUGAAGAUCCACACUGGUGAAAAACCUUAUGUCUGCUCAGUUUGUGGUCAAAGAUUGGCUCAAAAGCAAGACUUACAAAGUCACGAAAGAACCCACACUGGUGAAAAACCUUUUUCCUGCUCAGUUUGUGGAAAAGAAUUCUCUUCGAAGAGAGAACUAAAAAUUCACACAAGAACCCACACUGGAGAAAAACCUUUUUCCUGCUCAGUUUGUCAUCAAAGAUUCAGCCACAAGAACACCUUAAAACAACACACAAGAACCCACACUGGCGAAAAACCUUUUUCGUGCUGGAUUUGUGAUCAAAGAUUUGCUCGGAAGCAAUGCUUAAAACAACACACAAAAACCCACACUGGCGAAAAACCUUUUUCCUGCUCAGUUUGUGGUCAAAGAUUCACAGAAAACAAUAACAUGAAAAUACACGCAAGAAUCCACACUGGGGAAAAACCUUUUUCCUGCUCAGUUUGUGGAAAGAGUUUUGUUCGUAACGGAGACUUAACAAAACACACACGAAUCCACACUGGAGAAAAACCUUUUUCCUGCUCAGUUUGUGGAAAAUGUUUUAUUCGAUUUUCUCAACAGCAAUGCUUAAAACGACACACAACAACCCACACUGGCGAAAAACCUUUUUCCUGCUUCAUUUGUGGUCAAGGAUUCGCACAUAAAACAAACUUACAAACUCAUGAAAGAAUCCACACUGGUGAAAGACCUUUUUCCUGCUCUGUUUGUGGAAAAUGUUUUAUUCAGUCGGGAGACUUAACAAUACACACAAAAACCCACACUGGUGAAAAACCUUUUUCCUGCUCAGUUUGUGAUCAAAGAUUUGCUCAGAAGAAAAGCUUAAAACAACACACAAGAACCCACACUGGCGAAAAACCUUUUUCCUGCUCCAUUUGUGGUCAAGGAUUCGCACAUAAAACAACCUUAAAAACUCACGAAAGAAUCCACACUGGUGAAAAACCUUUUUCCUGCUCAGUUUGUGAACAAAGAUUUGCUCGGAAGCAAUCCUUAAAACAACACACAAGAACCCACACUGGUGAAAAACCCUUUUCCUGCUCCGUUUGUGGUCAAGCAUUCGCACAUAAAAAAACCUUACAAACUCACGAAAGAAUCCACACUGGUGAAAAACCUUUUUCCUGCUCUGUUUGUGGAAAAUGUUUUAUUCAGUCGGGAGACUUAAUAAUACACACAAAAACCCACACUGGUGAAAAACCUUUUUCCUGCUCAGUUUGUGAUCAAAGAUUUGCUCAGAAGCAAACCUUAAAAAAACACACAAGAACCCACACUGGCGAAAAACCUUUUCCCUGCUCCAUUUGUGGUCAAGGAUUCGCACAUAAAACAACCUUACAAACUCACGAAAGAAUCCACACUGGUGAAUGCAGACAGGUCCUAACGCAGGCGCAUGAAGGUCAGAAGGAGCAUCUGAAGGGCGCUGAAGGCUCCUCCUGUAGCUCACCAACGUCUUUCUCCAUCCUCAAUUUCUCACGCCUACUUCGUCUAGAAGAGCGGUCCACGUUGGUGGGUUGA